AUGUAUCGAAACCCGCAUCGCAAUUUUCGCAGAGGAAAUACUAUACAAACUGUAGAUUUAAAUAAGUUUGACAAAUUUGGCAGGACUGUGCUGAUGACCGCUGUAGAAUCCAAUAACGCUGCGGCGGUACAAAGUUUAAUUCAGCAAGGAGCUAAUGUUCAUGUGUCGGUCUUUUCGAGGGAACCCCCAUGCACAGCCCUAACAUUGGCAGUAAGGAAAGGUUUAAGUGACAUUGUCAGAAUCCUCAUCCAAUCAGGUGCUAGAUUUUCUUGCGACGGCGGCUGGGACGCUGUCGUUAUGGCCCAUUCCCAUGGGUUUCUUGACGUUGUUAUUGAAGGUGACACAAAAUCUAAAACUAUCGCUUCGAUAUUUGAUGUAGGUUUUGUUCGUUACGUUUCACCUCUCGUUUUGUCUCUGAGAAAUUCAAAUUUCGAUGUCUUCAAAGAUCUACUUGCAAGGGGUUUCCAGGUUUGUCUUCGUGAUUUUAAGGAUUCCGAUUUUACAAAUACUGAUUUUAUUGUGCAUCUUAUCCAAUGUCUUCAUGAUAAUAUUAAUAUAACAAACGAUUCAGAAGAGACGUUGUUGAUAAUAGCCGUAAGGUUAAAACACGAUGACAUCUUGAAAUGUUUACUGGGCACAAAGAUUGAUAUUAAUGCCUCAGAUAAAGAAAAAAACACGGCUUUACAUAUUGCUUCCAAAGACCAACCAGAAAUUGCUAAACUGCUACUAAAAUGUGGAGCGGACCCAAGGGCUUUGAACAAAAAGGAAAAAUCGUGUUUCUCUAUUGCACUGGAUACAAACUUGGAUGAAAAAUACCUGCAAAACUUCAUCAAGGCGGGAGCAUUCGUCGAUGAAGUGGACACGAACAGAUGUUCAAUACUUUCAAGACAUGUUGAAGCUUGCAACGUUUCGAUCGUUACAUUCCUUUUGAAAUCGAAAGCAAAUGUCAACUGUAUUGAUAAUAAAGGCGAGAGUCCUUUGAUGAAGGCGAUAUUGUCAAAUAAUCCUUCAAUAGCUAGUCUUUUAAUCAGCAACGGCGCUGAUGUUAAUGCCUGUUGUGGGACAAGCAAUAAAACUGUUUUAAGACUUGCUGUGGAGAUGAAUAGUGUUGAAAUAGUAAACAAUUUGUUGCGAAAUGGUUGUAAAAUGAAAACAUGCGAUAAACAAACAUUGGAAUCAGAACAGGAUUAUUAUAAUAGUUAUUAUGAAGAUAAUUUACCUCUUCUUAUGAUUGCAAUCGAUCAUGGUAAUGCGGCACUAAUUAAGUUACUUCUAGAAGCGGGAGCCGAUGUCAACUACAGUGACGACGGUUUAGCGCCAGCUUUGUUAAGAGCGGUAUCUAUCGAACAUAUUGAAUCAUUAUGCAAUGUGAAAUACAAACCAGAUAGAAAAAAACGAACACAUGUAUCCCCUAUGUAUGUACUCACCUAUGUUGAUGAUGAAAAGUGUGAAUGUAAUAGUGAAAACACAAAGAAAAUAUUGGCGGAAAUAAUUGAUGUAUUGUUACUGAAAGGUGCUAACGUUGACUCAGUAGAUUUCUAUGAAAGCACAGCACUUCAUAUUGCUGUAGAAAAGGAAAACAAAGACGCAGUUUCUGUACUACUGCGCCAUUCUGCCGGGGUUAACGUGAGAAACAGUCAAGGUAGAACAGCGUUAAUGUUAGCUGCUGAGCUUAAAUUAGAAAUAAUUGUAUCGAUGUUACUUGAGGCAAAGUCCUCUCUCACAGUCUCUGACAUAUGGGGAAACACAGCCUUGAUGAUUGCCGUGGAGUCUGGUGCAGAGAAUAUUGUUGAAAUGUUAUUGAAUGCUGGGGCCGAUGUUUGGGCACUAGAUGAAGACGAAAACAACUUGUUGCAUAAGGCAGCGAGGUAUCCUAACACAACUAUCUUCGAAAUGAUAAUUAAAUACAGUUUAGUAUUUCAAAAGGAAAACGAAAAUAAAAAUGGUGCAUGUUUUUGUAAAAAAAUUCCGACUUUAAAUCCUCAAAAUCCUUUGAGUUCUGAUAAAAUCGACGCCGUAUUGAAACCUAAUCUUGUUCAUAUGAAAAAUGGAAUAGAUGAAACUCCAUUGAUUAUAGCUUCGAAAUAUAAUCAAAUCGCCAACAUACAAUCAUUAUUAAAACUGGGGUCAGAUAUAAAUGAAACAGAUUUUAAUGGCGAUACAGCUUUAUUUAUAGCAUUACAAUAUGCUUCAGAAAAUGCAGUUGAGGUUUUACUGCAACAUAACGCGGAUUUAACUAAAAUAAAUAACAAAGGAAUGUCUGUUGUACACCUUGCAGCUGCACACAGCAGUGCAUCGAACUUUGAGCGUAUUCUUAUGUCUGGUCUGGAUAUAAAUAUGCAAUUAACAUCCGGCGAGACGCCUUUAUUUUAUUGCAAUAAGAAAGAAAAUUCUAAAUUACUCAUUGAUAAAGGUGCACAUCUUAAUCAUAUAAACUGUAACGGCAUGACAGCUCUUCAUUUUGCAGUCAUAAAUAACAAUGAAGAAGUUGUUCAGAUAUUAAUAGAUCAUGGGAUUGAUCUAGAUGUAAUUUCUCACAGCAGAGAAACAGCUCUCGCAAUCAACGUAAGAAACUACGAUUGCAUUAAAUAUUUCUUUGCUAUUGGGUUUAUAAAUAAUGCCGAUCUUGUCUUUAUCAACACCUUAUACCCAAGACCAACAUCAACUUGUAGUUCAAUCCUUUACAUUGACGACGAGAUACAUUCACUUUUAGAACUGGCAUCCCAACAGCCGUGGCCGCUAGUUAAGCUAGCAUUCAUUGCCGUGUCUACGUUAUUGGGGUAUGGACGAGAGAGGGAAGUCAAACUACAGGAAACUAAACUUCCACCAGCAUUAAAGCGGAUGUUAAUGUUCCAAGUAAAAGCAUCAACAUUACCGGUUGCCGAGUGGGGCAAUAUAGCUCUAUGUUUUGAUCCAGAUCAGUAUGAAAAACUACCUAAUCCACGGCCUUUGAUCUAUUAUUGGCCCAUUGGUCAAAAACCUGGUUAA